AUGAAUCGCACUGUCACCCCCACCGACUCCGUCUUUCCCUCCGAUGCCGCCCUCCUCGAUGCGUUCAUUCCUGGCUAUUCUAUGGUCUCGGGCCUCUUGAGGACAUACCUGCAAGUGGAUCUCUCCGCUUAUCUGCCAUUUCUCGCCCUCUCAGCCGUCGUAGUUUUCUCGGCCAACUACCUGGUCAUGCGGUUCUGGUACCUCCUCGAAGAAUACUGCGUAUCGACGGCGGAGAUCCGGAUGGACGACGAAAUCUCUAAGCACGUUUUGUUCUGGGUCGCGCAGCAGCCGCUCACCAAGAAAAUGCACCACUUCAUCGCCGCCACGCGCAUAUCGCCCGGCAUGUACUUUUUCGACGACAUGGAUGGCGAGCGCGACGGCGAAGACGCCUGGAAUGAGCAGGACGAGAUGGACGAGAACGGCAACGUGCUGGACGAUUUCGAUGAGUACUGGGCCAGGACGAAGACGCGCGACCGGUUCAAACGACUGCGGUUCACGCCCGCCGCGGGCCGCCAUUACUUCUGGUUCCGUGGACACCUGCUCUGGUUCAACCGUGUGCGCGAAGACAAUAACCCAAACGCCGGCUUCUUCAUGCUCAACCCCGAGCGCCUCUACAUCUCGUGCUUCGGCCGCAACCCAGCCGUCCUCAAGGAACUACUGGCCGAAGCCCAGCACGCCUACGUCGGUCGCGACAGCAAAAACACCGUCAUCUACCGCGCCCAGCGCGACCGCUCCCUCACCGUCGACUGGGUCCGCUGCAUGGCCCGCGCCCCGCGCCCGCUCUCCACCGUUGUCCUCGACGCCGCCCAAAAACAGGCCUUCGUCAACGACAUCAAGGAGUACCUCCACCCGCGCACCCGCCGCUGGUACUCCAACCGCGGCAUCCCCUACCGCCGCGGCUACCUGCUGCACGGGCCCCCCGGUACCGGAAAGACCAGCCUUAGCUUCGCCGCCGCAGGUCUCCUCGGCCUCGAAAUGUACCUACUCAACCUCAGCUCCAAGACCCUCACCGAGGACGACCUAAUGGGUCUCUUCCACGGACUCCCCCGUCGCUGCAUCGUCCUCCUCGAAGACGUCGACUGCGCCGGUAUCACCCACCAACGCGAUUCCGACAGCAGCUCCCCCGCAAAAGAUGCCCCCGACGCCGCCUCAUCGGACCUCGCAACUGUCACCGAUACUCCGGCCGCCGCCGCCGCCUCCGCCGCCGCCAAAGACGCCAGCGACUCCAAAGACCAAAAGGGCGUCUCCCUCUCGGGCCUCCUCAACGUCAUCGACGGCGUCGCCGCCUCCGAGGGCCGCAUCCUCAUCAUGACUACCAACCACAUCGACAAACUCGACUCCGCGCUCCUCCGCCCCGGCCGUGUCGACAUGUCUAUCGCAUUCGGCUACUCCGCUGCUGCUGACAUCCGCGACCUCUUCGAGUCUAUGUACACCGCGCGCGAGGAAGAUUUCCACUCUGCGGCUCUUAAGUCAAAGAACUUGGCUGGAAAGACUCUUCCUACCACCUCUUCCACCCCCAACACCACCACCACCACCACCAAUAUCGACAAGAUAAAGAAAACAGACCCCCUCAGCCGCUUCUCACCAACCGAAAUCCGCUCCCUAGCAGCCAAAUUCGCAGACGCAGUCCCCGCAGGCGAAAUCUCCGCCGCUGAGAUCCAGGGCCACUUGCUGAACUAUAAGACUGCGCCGGACGUAGCCGUCGCUGAAGCAGCAGAGUGGGUGCGCGGUAUCAAGGCUGGUCGGAGAGCUCAGACGACUUCCUCGUCGGGGGGUGUAUGUAGGUCUACAUACGCACACACGUGGUCCCUGAAAGACGGUGAUGACGACGCUGACGAUGACGCACUUACGCACUUACUCACUUUCGUAUUUGCGAAUUCGGCAUGGAUGUAUAGAUUAUUUGCCCGUAGAGUUCAAACAUGUCUGCCUGAACGACUCGCCCUCCCUGUCCUCCCAUGA